UUAAUUAAAUAACUAAUUGCUUUAUAUAUAAAAAGAAUAGCUUAAUUAAUUGUAUUACUCUGGUAAGAGACUUAAAAUCCAAUGACUUCUUUGAAUUCGUUCCCUAUAUUCGGCAAGCUUCCUCAAGAAGUCCGGAACAUGGUAUUUAGAGCAGCAGCGGAUAACGAAGACUCUAACAUCGUCGAAGUAGAAUUUAUCCGCACCCCAACAAUCCGACGCAAGGGGCACCCCAGAAAUUCUAGGCGACCCAGAAGUAUAGUCUGGAUCUACAGCUGCACACCCUACCACGUCUCUCCUCUGCUCAACACAUCCAAGGAGAGCCGAGCCGAAUAUCUCCUCCGACACCCCCACACCUUACAAUUAAACCGCGGCACACCAGUAGUGCACUUCAACGCCGCCCGCGACACGAUAUACUUCGACGCUGAAUCACUCUUCAACUUCUGGCAUUAUAUAACGAGACAUAGGGCACGGCCGACCAAAAUCCUAACCCGGAACCUGAAAGGCUUCCAGGCGGUACAGGUUCUCGGCUCGUACUUCCCUGGCACGUCGACAGUGCACAACAACGGACUGGCCGACGUGCGAGUGCCUGUUGAGCGAGCAUUGACUAAUCUCCAGCGUAUCCGAUGCCUAGGAGCACGAGGGGUCCAUCCUGGGGGCUGGGAUCCCGCGACGAUAAUGCCGCCUAACCAGAGACCGCUGCCGCGGAGGUUGAGGAGGGCGCUGAUUCAGCUUCUGGAUGACUUUGAGAAUGGUAUGCAAUUUCCUGGGCAUCCGCAAAGGGCAAGAAUUGUGGCGCAGAGGGAUAGGAUUGAGGAUGCGAGGGAUGAUGUGGACGUUGAUGUUGAUGACUUCUUCGCGCCAGCGCUGGGGUAGUCGGCAUUCCGGUGUCCCAGGGGUAGGUACUCUUGCCGCAGGUUCGUCUUCCAAUAGGAAUCUAGGGAAUCUAAUGUGGAGUAUCGAUUUGGUAAGUGUAGAUAUCAUGUUCAGUAAGUUUCCAUAAUGGGUGGGGAAGUGUAUGGCGGUACUAAAAAGCACUUGCUCGACACAACAAGAAAUCUGGGACAUUGGAUGUACUACAACUUGAGAGACAUUCGGAGGGGGGGACAAAUUCAUAGCUGCACUGUUACUCCCGCCAAACGAUCAAG